CAUUUAUUUAAUAACAAUUACAGUUUGUGCGUUUUCAUGUGGCGGCUCAAGUGGCUGCUCUGCGUGUAGCCCUUGAGACACACCGUGCAGACGUGCGGUCGUUCCCCCGAAUGUAUGACCAAGUGGUCUUUCAAAUGCUCGCUGCGCACGAACCCCUUGUUGCACACUUUGCACUUGUGCGGUUUUUCCCCCAAGUGGCGUUUCAUGUGCACCGACAAGUGCGAGCUUGUCACGAACUUCAUUCGGCACAGUUCGCACUCAAACGGUCGUAUGUUGUUAUGGAAACGCAUGUGAAUGUUCAAAUUGCCGGAGUGGGCGAAGCCCUUGUCGCACACUUUGCACUUGUAGGGGGUUUCCCCGGUGUGGGUGCGCAUGUGGUAGGUGAGGCUGUUCGACUGGCUGAAGGAUUUGCCACAAACGGAGCACAUGUACGGGCGCUCGCCGCUGUGUGUCCGUAAAUGGGCGUUAAGUGAGGCGUUUUGGAUAAAACGCUUGGCGCAAAUUGUGCACUGGUGGGGGCGCUCUCCCGUAUGCACCCUCUUGUGGAUUUUAAGAUGCUCGACACGGGCAAAUUUUUUCUCGCAACUGUCGCACUUGAAGGGUUUUUCCCCCGUGUGCAACUUCAUGUGUUGCACCAGGUUACUGCGACAGCUCAGAAACAGCCCGCACAUGUCGCAUUGGUGCGUUUUUUUGGCUUUGGGGCCCUUAGCUACGUCCUGCCCCCCAUUUUCAUUAUGUGAGGGUAGGUUGUUGCGCAGCUUAUUGUCACUCUCAAUGACGAUUUUUUUGAAUUUGUAAAGUGCGACGAGUGAUUUUGCACAUUUUUGGCAUAUUUUUCCAGGCAAACCGUCGUCCACUUCGGCCUAAAAAAAUAAAUUGCCGGUUGUCUAAAGUGAGGUUAGGUACCUGAACCGAGGUGCAAAACCCCAACAUUGCCGCAUAUUCAACCGUGGUUUUCUUAUGCGGGGCGAAAAGCGAGUCGAGGGCGCCGUGUCUCAAGCACAGCCGGCAGACCGGGGGCCCCCCAGGCCCCAUUUUUUUCAAAUCAAGUCGGUGUUGACACUGCGCGCGCAGCUUCUUUGUGUCAUCGUUAUCUGUCAUUGCAAAUUUGUGUUUUUGGUUUUUUGUGCGCAAAAAUGCGUUUAAGCCGCGCUGGGAAGCCCCCAGGUUGUCGCUACACGUCCGAGAAUUCGCCCCGUGCCAAGAAAUCGCGCAUUGGCGCCGACCGCUUGACAUUGGUUGUAUUUUCACAGCUUUUGCCGGGGUUUCUCUCGCAAGGGAUAAAGUCGUCCUCGCCGGAGCAUGAGGAUUGCGCCCCCGUGAAGCCCCCCAAGUUGCGGCGUUCGUGGCGACUGUCCAAGAAAAGUAACCAGCCGGUCUCCGUGUCGGGUUAUUUCAAUAAGCUGGUGCUGGACUCGGAUCAGAGCCUUUUUCGCGAGAUUAAGAGCAAAUUUGCGCGGAAAAACUCCGAUUUGGAUGACGAUUUUGGGGCCCGUUUGGUGGCACAAGUGGGGGCGGUAGAACUGCCCGAUUUGAGGGAUUACAGAAAGCGGAUUGAGGAGGAAAUUGAGUUGAUUAACGGCGUUCUAACGGGGCAAGUGGGGCGGAACAUGUCGCUGAACAGGAAACGGGUUUACAGCGAGGAGGAGAAGGAGAAUUUCCCGAUGAAAUUCUCCUACGUGCCCCCGUCCAGUUGGGUGUUCCAGACGCCCCCCAACCGCAAACUCAACUACAACAGGGCCAAGGCGGACGAAAACACGCUCAAACCUGCCGUUAUUGAGAAACGAAACGAUGGGAAAGUUGUCUACGAAAUGAACAAAAAAAUUAAUGUCGACUUGUCGCGGUUUCACAACCGACAAGAGAUUGACAUUGACAAGAGGUACAUGAUGGAGGUUUCCACGGCAACGUUUGAUGACGAACAAGAGCCAGACGAUAAGGGCGCCUUUGAUUCGUACGAGCUUGAGAACCAUUUUUUGAGCUUGACUUCGCGUCCGAAAAAAGUCGUCUCGUCAAUGUCUCGCUGUACGUCGUUGAAACGCAAACGUGAUAUUUUCGAGCCGCAAGCAGGCUGUUCCACAUUGACUGAAGAAUUUAAGCCUAACAUUUGUUUCAUGGAGAAUUUGAAUCUGGACGAUCCGGAGGAAUCUUUUACGUUUAAGUUUACAAGUAGCGAGUGCUACAACGGGCCAACGACCGGGCAUUUGUUCGAUUUCGAUGGCAACAAGAAGGAUUCGUUCAAUUUCCAUUUUUGAGCGAGUUUUUUGAGUAUUUUAUUUUUGCGGAAUCAGUUUUCAUUUGUGCAAUUGUUAGGAUACACCUCAGUGUGAGAAUUAAUUUGAAGCGUUCCUAUUGCAAUAUUUCAGGUGUGUUCUUUGAAGCGUUCAAAGUCUGAAUUAAUUAUGUUAAGCUUAAUGUUGUUAAUAAAAUUUCUAUUGUGAGUUUAUCGCCAAAA